AUGGCUCGUCCUCGCGCUCACUCGGGUGCUGAAGGCCCGAAGGAGCCUCAUUCAGUCUCUUUAAAAGUUCUGCGCCUGUCGCGGCCUUCUCUAGCCCACCAGUAUCCGCUGCCGGCAGCAAAUACCAAAAUUUCCAGUAAGGCGGGGUUGAGCUUCCCGUCGGAUAAUGUCGACAAUCAAUUCAUUCUCACACCUCAUCUCAUGCUCCCUCCCACAUUCGGCUCCGCAUAUGUCGGCGAAACGUUCGCCUGCACGCUAAGUGCGAACAAUGAAUUGCCGGAAGAUACCUCGCGCGUGAUAACCUCCGUCCGGAUCGUCGCCGAGAUGCAGACCCCGUCCCAAGUCUCCUCCCUAGACCUCGACCCGCCCACCGAUAACGCCGUCCGGGAUGGACUACAAAAGGGAGACUCGCUACAGAAGAUCGUACGCUUUGACCUCAAGGAGGAAGGAAAUCAUAUCCUGGCGGUCAGCGUCAGCUAUACCGAAACCAUAAUGGGCACCGACUCGCAAGCAGCUAGCGGGCGAGUGAGAACGUUCCGCAAGUUGUAUCAAUUCGUGGCUCAGCCGUGCCUCAGCGUCCGGACAAAGUCUUCUGAACUGGCGUCGUUGGAGGUAGAGAACAAAUCGCUCGGCCCUUAUGGGAAAACACGCCUCGUUCGGUAUUCCCUGGAAGCACAGCUGGAGAACGUGGGAGAAGGGGCAGUCGUGAUCAAGCAAACACGACUCAACCCCAAGCCUCCAUUCAAAGCGAUAACUCUAAAUUGGGAUCUUGAACGGCCAGACCAAGUAGACACGCCACCCCCUACCUUGAAUCCACGGGACGUAUUACAGGUUGCGUUUCUUGUCGAACAAGAAGAGGGCCAACAAGAAGGCUUGGAGACUCUGCGCAGCGACAUACGGAGAGACGGCCGCACCGUGCUUGGCCAAUUAUCCAUCGAGUGGAGGAGCUCCAUGGGAGAUAAAGGAUUCCUGACAACUGGCAACUUGCUGACACGAAAACGGACGUGA